AUGGAAAAGGCUAACCUUAGAGACGACUUGAAAAUCUUGCAGGAGAUGUAUCCUGAAAUGGUGAUUGAUGUUGAUCCCGAUGAUAUAGCUGCUGAAACUAGUAUAAUUGUGCGUGGCAGUUUACCUUUCAAGAUUUCGCUGCCGAACGAUGUCAUAAUAAGAUUUAAUGAGCAGUCGCUAACCUUAUCGGAGCUCACCUCUGAUCUUCUAACUUUCAGCGUCAAAAGUCAUGAAUAUCCCGAUCUCUCUCGUUCAUUGGACCUGGAGUUUGAUUCUGAGUGGAUGACGCAGGCAGAUAAAGAGAAUAUCAAGCUGGCUGUUCAGCGAGAGUUUUGUUCCCUCACUGAUUGCAAUUCAGAGUUGUACGAUCCGUUCACCCCGUUACUUAUGUUACUAUUUGGGUUUCUCACUGGUGAUGUUGCAGCCGAACUGUUUAAAGAGAAUCAGAGGGUUUGUCAUGACAAGAAAGAGUUUGACUCGUUUGCUGCAAUUGACAAUGCUAUAGAAUCGGAAAAACUGGCUAGAAGUAACUUCGAGUGCCCCAUAUGUAUGGAAACCAAGAAGGGAAGCAGGAUGACGAGGCUACCGUGCGGUCACCGAAUAUGUGAGCUCUGUGUCAAAAGUUACUACACUUCUUUGAUCGAAGAAGGUAGCACAAAUCAAAUCAGAUGUCCCAACUGUGAGUACCGAGAGCUGGAUUUGAACAAGUUCCAGAGCUACAACGAGAUGAAGAAGGUCACCUUUACGCCAGCCAUUCCGUUCAGCUUUUUCAGAGGUAUUCUUAGCCCAGAAGUUUGCCUUCGAUACGAGAAAUUGUUUUACUCUCAAGCCGCUGCGAGGUUAUCUCAGCACUGUGCAAAUGCCUGUGUGACGUGCAGGAGAUGCGAUACCUGGUGUGUUAAAGACGAUUUAAAUGAUUCGAUGAUGAUAUGUACUAAAUGCGAACACACCUUUUGCUUCGAUUGCCUUCAUUCGUGGCACGGUUACAUCAACCACUGCGGAAAGAAGGUGGUCAUUUCAAGAGAUAUUGUGGAAGAGUACUUAGAGCUAGACAAGGAGUCUGCGGACAACGAACGUCGCAAGAUAUUAGAGGCGAAAUUUGGCAAAAAGAAUCUAGAAUUGGAAGCUAAUGAUUAUCUAGCGGAUCAAAUGAUUGAUCAUGCGAUCGCCGAGAAAGGUUCUAACCUGCAGAGAUGUCCUAAAUGUCGCACUGUGGUUCAAAGAAGCGAAGGUUGCAAUAAAAUGAAAUGUGCCGUUUGCGAGAUCAUGUUCUGCUUCCUCUGCGGCGUGGAAUUAUACCCGGACGAUCCAUAUGAGCAUUUCAGGGUUCCUUAUUCGACCUGCUAUGCUCGCCUGUUUGAGGGCAUGGCAGGCGUCGAUUAG